ACUCGACGCAGACCACUUUAGUGUUGUUUUGUGUAGCGCAGAGACCGCCGGUGCGCAGGCGACCCACAGUACACUCUACCACGAGCCCGUAGUAUUCUGUACUACAUACAACUGACACCAUGCGCCCAGUGCCGGUAGCGAUAUUAGUAGCUUUAUUCUCAUUGAGUAUAGCAGAAGAAAGCACAGUAUAUGAUACUAAUAAUGAAAAUCUUAACAGUUUAGAAACGAAACCUUCAGUAAGGUUAGACCCUUACAUAAGAAAAGCAUUGUUAAAAGCUCUGACUGACCUCGAACAAAGUGAUAACUUUACAGAAACGGAAUCAACUGCUGUAAAUCCAACAGCGGAAACGGAAUAUUUCAGACAAAAUGAAGAUUUAACAACAGUACAAACAUCUAAGGAUGGCAUACAAAUACAUUCAUACAUAGUUAAUGGACAAUCUGCCUUUACAAAUAGCACAGACGCGACACCCAUGUUACUUGAAAGUAAUGUAUCUAUCUUGGACACGACAGUAGGAAAUGUAGAGAACCAAGUAACGUCUACUCUCCCAACUCAAAAUCCUUACACAGAAAUAUUCCAAACCAAAGAAAGUACCAACUACUCUCAUUUACGAACGAAACAAAGUCCGAAAAUUGAUAUUUAUACCAAACAGUCGAGUUCCACAUCAAAACCAACGACUACCACGACCACGACUACUACAACUACAACUCCGAAACCAACUCAUGACUUAGAUGGUAAAAACAUUGAAGAGGUUGACAAAAAAGACGUUCAAGUCUUCCAAGCUCCUUUAGUUGCUGCGUUCACCGUUCACCAGGAUGGCCUUGGCCAUCCAAAAAGAGUUGUGCCGAUAUACCAACAAACAAAUAUACAAGAAGUCUUGAAGUCACAAUCGACUACAAAUGUACCAACAGGUAUCUUACCACCACAGAUUUUAAGUCAAAGCUUUUCGAUCGAUAACAGGAACUUAAACAAGAUAGCUCAAAACAACUUUUUAUCCCAACAAAUAUUAUUACAAAAACAACUUGAAGAAAAACAAAGAAUUCUUGAAGAACAGCUACAGUUGUUACAACUUCAACAAAGGCAGCAAGAAGAUUUACUAAGAAAGCAACAAUUGUUGAUUCAACAAAAAGAAGCGCAGCGACAGCAACAAAUUUUAUACGAACAGGAUCAGUUGAAAAGACAUCAACUUCUUGUUGAGCAACAAAAAAUCCAAUCAAAUCAGAUUUUAGGCGGUUUUCAGGGACAGAAAGGUUUGCAAUCAAAUAGGUUUUUAAACCCGAGCACAACGUUACAAAGUCAGAAUUCCCAAGUAUCAAUUCAGCCGAGUGUACAUUUAGAGCAAGUAAACCUCCUAGCUAAUCAACAACAGUUACCUAACAGAGAAGCUGUGGAUUUUCUUAUACAUCUCCGUAGUCAGCGACCUGAACAAUUUCCUCUGCAAGAAAACCAUCUUCCCCAAGGUAUUACCAACUUCUUGCACCCAAAUCCCAGCCAAGCCCCUUUUCACCAAGGACCAAACUUCAACCAAUUAAGACUAACUGAUGACCUAACGAGACAAAAACAGAGCACUCGAGUAUUUCGACAAGAGAGUGGUGUUGGAAAUUUCGGGUUGAAUGGAGAAUAUAAUAGAUUCAAUACUUUCAGUCCAGUUUAUAGUAACCACUUUUUUCCAUCGAACAGACAGAAUCAGUUUAAUGCGGACGCACAAUUAAAACAAUUGUUAGUUGAAACAGGCCUUAAUGGGAAAACUCAUGAAGAUUUAAAUAUUGUUACAAAAGUUUUGUCGUUGAAUCAUGGUAUACCAAUAAAUAAUAACAUUUCUAAUAGAUUGCCUUUCGAUAGCCGGAGACACGUUAGAACUUCGUUAUAGGUCAUAUGAAACACGAUAUAACUGGACACUUUUAGAAGUAAAUGGCUGCCAGGUUUUAUAGUGCUUGAAUCAAACUGCUAUUAACUUUAAAUACAUAUACUAGUGCUGUUUAAUUUCAAAUAAGCAAUUAUUUCCCCAGCCAUUACGUCAUUACACAACCAAAGAGGCUACGCAAAACCGCUACGUAUUCCCCGGCGCUUAAAUUUUCAUUCCGCAUUUUAAUAAGUGGACCUAUUAUUAGAGAAAAAUCAUUAUUUAUUAUUUU